AUUGGCUGCGCCUGAGCGCAUCUUCUUUCAGCUUCUCUGAUUGGCUGUGGGUCGCGCGGGAUGCGGGCCCCGAUUGGCUUGGUCAGAGCGCCUGCGCGGCGGGGUUCUCGGUCGCCAGCCAUUCCUGGGGAGGACUGCCGGCCGGUCGGACGUCUUGCCUGUCGCUGGAGGAGAGGUCCCGGCUCCCCGGGAAGGCGGCUGCGGCGGCAAAAUGAAGAUAUUCGUGGGAAACGUCGAUGGGGCAGAUACAACGCCAGAGGAGCUAGCAGCCCUCUUCGCGCCCUACGGCACGGUCAUGAGCUGCGCCGUCAUGAAACAGUUCGCCUUCGUGCACAUGCGCGAGAAUGCAGGCGCGCUGCGCGCCAUCGAGGCCCUGCACGGCCACGAGCUGCGGCCUGGGCGCGCGCUCGUGGUGGAGAUGUCGCGCCCACGGCCUCUUAACACUUGGAAGAUUUUCGUGGGCAAUGUGUCGGCUGCGUGCACGAGCCAGGAAUUGCGCAGCCUCUUCGAGCGCCGCGGACGCGUCAUCGAGUGUGACGUGGUGAAAGACUACGCGUUUGUUCACAUGGAGAAGGAAGCAGAUGCCAAAGCCGCCAUCGCGCAGCUCAACGGCAAAGAAGUGAAGGGCAAGCGCAUCAACGUGGAACUCUCAACCAAGGGUCAGAAGAAGGGGCCCGGCCUGGCUAUCCAGUCUGGGGACAAGACCAAGAAACCAGGGGCUGGGGAUACGGCAUUCCCUGGAACUGGUGGCUUCUCUGCCACCUUCGACUACCAGCAGGCUUUUGGCAACAGCACUGGUGGCUUUGAUGGGCAAGCCCGUCAGCCCACACCACCCUUCUUUGGUCGCGACCGCAGCCCCCUGCGCCGUUCACCUCCCCGAGCCUCCUAUGUGGCUCCUCUGACGGCCCAGCCAGCCACCUACCGGGCCCAGCCCUCAGUGUCGUUGGGAGCUGCCUACAGGGCCCAGCCAUCUGCCUCUUUGGGUGUCGGCUAUCGGACUCAGCCCAUGACAGCCCAGGCAGCCUCUUACCGCGCUCAGCCCUCUGUCUCCCUUGGGGCCCCAUACAGGGGCCAGCUGGCUAGUCCUAGCUCCCAGUCUGCUGCAGCUUCCUCGCUUGGCCCAUAUGGUGGAGCUCAGCCCUCGGCCUCAGCCCUCUCCUCCUAUGGGGGUCAGCCAGCUGCGGCUUCCUCGCUCAACUCCUAUGGGGCUCAGGGUUCCUCCCUUGCCUCCUAUGGUAACCAGCCAUCCUCUUAUGGCGCGCAGGCUGCCUCCUCCUAUGGGGUUCGUGCGGCUGCCUCCUCUUACAACACCCAGGGAGCAGCUUCCUCCCUAGGCUCCUAUGGGGCCCAGGCAGCCUCCUAUGGAGCCCAGUCUGCAGCCUCCUCACUUGCUUAUGGGGCCCAGGCAGCUUCUUACAAUGCCCAGCCCUCGGCCUCUUACAAUGCCCAGUCUGCCCCGUAUGCUGCACAGCAGGCUGCUUCCUACUCUUCCCAGCCGGCUGCCUAUGUGGCACAGCCAGCUACAGCUGCUGCCUAUGCCAGCCAACCAGCUGCCUAUGCUGCACAAGCCACUACCCCAAUGGCUGGCUCCUAUGGGGCCCAGCCGGUUGUUCAGACCCAGCUGAAUAGUUAUGGGGCUCAAGCAUCAAUGGGCCUGUCAGGCUCCUAUGGGGCUCAGUCAGCUGCUGCGGCCACUGGCUCCUAUGGUGCUGCAGCUGCCUAUGGGGCCCAGCCUUCUGCCACCCUGGCAGCUCCGUACCGCGCUCAGUCGUCAGCCUCAUUGGCUGCUUCCUAUGCUGCCCAGCAGCAUCCCCAGGCUGCUGCCUCCUACCGUGGCCAGCCGGGCAAUGCCUACGAUGGGGCAGGUCAGCCGUCUGCAGCCUACCUGUCCAUGUCCCAGGGGGCCGUUGCCAACGCCAACAGCACCCCGCCGCCCUAUGAGCGUACCCGUCUCUCCCCACCCCGGGCCAGCUACGACGAUCCCUACAAAAAGGCUGUCGCCAUGUCGAAAAGGUAUGGUUCCGACCGGCGUUUAGCCGAGCUCUCUGAUUACCGCCGUUUAUCAGAGUCGCAGCUUUCGUUCCGCCGCUCGCCGACAAAGUCCUCGCUGGAUUACCGUCGCCUGCCCGAUGCCCAUUCCGAUUACGCACGCUAUUCGGGCUCCUAUAAUGAUUACCUGCGGGCAGCUCAGAUGCACUCUGGCUACCAGCGCCGCAUGUAGGGCCAUCCUGGCAUGGGGCACCACAGGGAGGGAAGGAGAGGAGAGGUCGGGUAGGGUGCAGGCCCAGGUUAUAACCACUGGCCCAUACCUCUCCCGUUUGCGGUUUUUCAUCCCCUCUACCCUGUGGGCCUUCCCCAGGAGAUGAUCCUUUUGAGUGUUCGGCAGUAACCUACUUUGUUCCUUCGCCUCAGCAGCAAAUCUUGCUACUGGCUCUAGAUCUGCGGUUUCCCCUCUCCCCUGCCUCCCAUCUCCCCAGGAUGGGAAUUUCUUUUAUGUUUUUAUUUUUUCCUGGCUCCCUUUUAUUUUUGUGCGCGAUAUUUAAGGUCGUCUGGAUGGGGAAGCAACCUGCAACUGAGGUCGGCGGCGCCUUUUUCUUUUUAGAUGUGAGGGAGGCCAGGAAAAGGUUAGCUUAACCAUUUCCUGUGCGCCAGUGUGCCAGCAGUCCAGGGGGCCCUGACUUUGUCCCACUAUAGACUGUGUUGAGACUGAGUUCCUGUCGGGACGGUCGGUAUAUGUCCAAAUCCCUACUGACCCCCUGAUGUUCUAGCUGAUGCUGAGUGGCACAGUCCCACAUCCCCAUCUCCCCAAGUAGGUGGUGUUAGAAAACCUUAAUUUUUUUUCCCUUUUGUAUGGACUACAAAUAAAACUUGGGGCAAUUUGCAGUUUGGAAA